UCCUCCUCCUCCUCCUCCUCCUCUUCCUCCUCCUUCUUCUUCUCCCCUUUACCACCAUCACCACCAUCAUCUUCCUCCUUCUCCUCCUCCUGCUCCUGCUGCUGCCGCUCCUGCUUCUACUCCCGUUCCCUUGGAGCGGUCCAUCCUGGUGCCUCUUUUGUGAAGCGGAGGCUGAGGAUAUUCCCGGACUCGCCAUGGCGGACGAAAAGCCUAAGGAAGGAGUCAAGACUGAAAACAAUGACCACAUUAAUUUGAAGGUGGCAGGGCAAGAUGGGUCGGUGGUGCAAUUUAAGAUUAAGAGACACACACCACUUAGUAAACUAAUGAAAGCCUAUUGUGAACGACAGGGUUUGUCAAUGAGGCAGAUCAGAUUCCGAUUUGAUGGGCAACCAAUCAAUGAAACAGACACACCUGCACAAUUGGAAAUGGAGGAUGAAGAUACAAUUGAUGUAUUCCAGCAGCAGACAGGAGGCAUUUACUAAAGAGAACAUGCAACUCUACUCCAGAACUGUGCUCCCAAGGAAAACAAUGCAUUCACAAUUAGAAAACCAAGAUUUGGUUCAUCCACAUCCUGACUACUGCAGUAUAGUUUUCUCUCUUCUUUAUCCCUUCCCCCAUUCCUAUAUUGUACAUAAAGUAACUGGUGUAUGUGCACAGGCAUAAUGCGUAUUUUUUUUUUUUUAACUAAAUGGCCGAUGGUAUGUUUUGAUCAACAUCAAAUGGAGAUGGGGAGGGGAAAAAACAAACUGGUUCUGUGAAAAUAUCCCUUUUCUCCAUUAGUGGCAUGCUCAUUCAACUUUAUCUUUAUAUUCCAGUAAGUUAUUUUGCUCUCACUGUUUAACAACAAAAAAAAAACCCACAAAAAAAUCCUUGCAUACCUUGUUUGAUUGGAUAAUUUCAAUGUUUUUCUUUUAUCAUUGUAAAACCAAGGACGAUUUUAUAACUUUUUUGUACGUAGCUGUUACAUGUAGGGCAAUCUCUGUCUCUCAGUAGGGAUAAAUUACUAUAAAAAAUUGAUCCUAGAUAGUUCUCCCUUCAAGUCAAACAUCUUGUUGUUUAAAUAAACUUCUUGUUUAAAAUAAACUGUUUUCUUUAAUUAUUCUCAAAAAACUGUUAAGAAAUGGUGAUGUAGAGAAACAUAGUUUAACAUGCUAGGAGAGAAAGGUUACAUAAUUAAAACUUAUUUUAUUUACUUAAAAAAUUAGCAAUCAGUGAUUUGACAUUUCUGUUGGCAUUAAUGAUUAAGAUUUAGUAAAUGGAUUUUAUUUUCUUGUAUGCUCAGUUUUGCAUUAAUUUCAGAAAUUCAAAGAAUAUGUGAAGAUUAAAGGAAGAGAAUGAAAUAUGGUGUGCAAUGUAUGGCUCUGUUGUGCUCAUUAUUCAGUGGAAGGAAGGUUUAGCUUCAGAAGAACUGAAGAAGAAAGUAAGUGGUACCAGUUCCACAAGAAGUUGUCCCACAAGAUGAGAUUUGGGGACUUGUAAGUAUAUAAUUCUAGACAGAAAUAGUAACUUCAAAUUUGAUUUGUUUUAAAAAAUUAUGGUGAUGGCAAUAAAUUUCUAACUUCUUAUUUUUCUGUCUUGAAAAGCCAUUCUUUGUCUAGAGAUACUUGACCUAAAAUGAACUGAAGCAGGGGUAGGGAGGAGGUGACAUUUUCCUGCUUGCAGUAUUGGCAAAGGAAAAAAGCUAAUACUGUAGGAUCUACUCUCUAAAGAUCUGCUCCCCCUAGUGGAGAUUGUUCUCCAUCUUUGACCUAGUGAGUGGUUUUGGAGAAUUCUUUGGUCAGUCUGAUGAUUAUAAGCUUCUGAAUUUACCUAAACUUGUGCAAAUAGAUGUGCAUGUGUAGAGACUAUCACCAAAUCUGAACUUAAAACCUUUCCAUCUUUGUGGGAUUUGCCUGACCUACUGUGCUCCUCCUCUACCUAUAUCAUGAUCAGAGGGGAGGGGUUUAGUGUGAAAAGAACUUCUUAUCAAAUUGUGUUAUUGAAAAUAAUAUUAGCUGGAACAAUGUUAAAUCUUUGUGAUGUUAUUAUUGGUAAGAAAUUAAUGAUUUCUAAGAGGGAUACACUUUUUAUUCUGAGCUGUCACUGUUUCUUCUUCCUCCUCCCUUCAUAGGUUAUAGGCAACAAUUUGAUCUAGUCACAUACUUGGAAAAGAGCCAGGUGUUUAUAAAGUAAAUUUAAUCCUUACCAUCUUUAUUCUAAUAUAUCUGUAAACAUUUUAAUUCCACAAUGUAACCUGGAAGAAAAUAAAUUGUUACAAUUGUAGCAAUAGAUCAGAGUACAGAUAUUAAACCUAUUCUCUACUUUUGUUAUACAGUCUAACCCAAUUUUCUUUUUGCAAGUUAAUGAAAUUAAAAUUGCAAAAGAAAUGCAGUAAGUUCAAAUCACAAAUUUGUGUUGGUACACUCAAUUUUGUUCUUUACUUUGAGUAUGGUGUUUUAAAUUUGUGUCUUUAUAGUUUUAGCCUUGGCCAAUAAUAAGAUGUUUUAUGUUUUGUCAGUAAAAGGAUGGGAAGUGUCCCUUUGAUUUAUGAAGCAUGCUUUGUAUUUUCUAUAAAAGUAUUUUUCAAAUUACAGCUUAGUUCUAAACUUACCUUUUACUAGCCAGAAUAAGCUAUAUAUAAGCUUACUAUAUCAUUUUUGGCAGUCAUUUAGAAUAGAUAGCUUAUGUGGUUGUAGAGUCAAGCACUGUGACUUCUGUUUCUCUCAAUGGAAUAUCAUGUAACCAUUUUGUCCUUAUGAAUCUAGUUAAAUACUUGGGCUCCAAAACUCAACUAUACAAAUACAAUAUGGGGAAAGCAUGAUAAGAUGAUUCUUGGGGAAAAGAGCUGGUUGUUUUGUUAGAAUUCUAAUUCAGAGAAAAAUCUCAACAGUGUGACAUGGAAGACAAAUGUUAAUGAUAGACUAUUAAAGCUAAUGCUAAGUGAUAUCGAAGUUGGAUUGGAACAGAGAGAUGCUUAAGGCAAGGAGAACACUUAGGAGAUUAUUAAUUUUCUAGGCAAGAGGUAGUUGUGAGGGCCUGAAAAGUUUGAGACCUCUACUGUAAUCCCUGAUGCUAUAAUGUUUUUGCUGUUGUGCCAUUUGGAAAUCAUUGAACUACAAUUGUGAACAAGCAUUUAAAGAUCUAAUCAGUUGUUUUAUGUAUGCACCAGUUGCUUUUUUUACAUGCUUUUAAAAACUAUAUUACAUACUAACCUGGAAGAUUUGAGAGAAGUCUUUGUACUAAGUAAGCAGUGGUCAUCAGAAACUUAAAUGCUUAUAUCUAGAGCAGGGCUUCUCAUAUUUUUUUCUCUCACAAACUCAACCUCUUAGCCUAUCCCACCUCUCCCCAAGAAAUUUUUACAUGAUCCUGGAUAUGUAAGCAUAUAAAAUAGGUACUCAAAUCAAACAUUUACUGAUAAAUCAAAGUCGUAAUUUCAUAUCCCCCAUUUUCAGUUUUUAAGCUUUGAUUUAGGGAACUUGGUAACAGUAGGAACUCUUUCGUAUAUAAAUUGGAGUUCUUACUCUGAAGUGGGCUUUGGCUAUGGCGCUAAAUAUCAACCAAACAAUAUCAAGUUAGAUACUGCUUGUUUAGAGAUGGAUAGCAAUAUUGACUUACUGAAAAAAUGGUAUCUACCAGGGAAAUUAGUCAAGAAACAAGUUUAGCUGAGAGAGACUUUUUAUCAUACCUCUAGUGCCUGUAAACUUUAUUUUAUUGAACCAACCCUAUUUCUCAGAACAGAUGACUGAUGGGGGACUGUAUGUAAGCAGUAAUACAAACCAAGAAAUAAGGAGCUGAAACUAAAGGACUCAGUACCAUACUCUAGGAAGUCACCUACUAUUGAGACAAUAGCAAAAGUUGAAGCUGUGUGAUGGAAUGCUGUACUAGAUUAAUGGAUCCCUUACAUGGUAUCAGAAAGCAAAAUUAAUGUUGGUUGCUCUAGCUCAUUCUAUGUGGAUAAAGGUAUACUAUGUGAUAAUUUGGGACAUUGGGUCAAGAGAACACUCAAACAGUAAAAAACAAGAUUUGAAUGGGCUAAGAUGAUCAGCAGAUGUCAUUUGAAAAGUGGGAAUUGUCCCACAUUUGUUAUUAGAAAAGUUACCAAAUAUGUAUUGUGUAUUUAGAAAUUGUAUAUUAUAGCAAGCCUUUGAAACUUGUUUGCAUUUUUAAAAAAGUUUUUGUAAGAAGUUCAGGCAGAUUAUUUCAUCAAAAAGGUCUUCCUGUUGUACCUAGAACUAGAAAGUUUGCGUGGUGGUUCAGGUGUUGCACCAUUUUUCAGUGUAUCUAUUCUAAAAAGAGGCUGAAACUUUGAGAAAAGGUCAACUAAAAACAUACUUUGGCAAGUAUUAAGAAAUCAAGAACUUUAGCUUAGUGUCCCCAAAGAGAGCCCCUCGUGUAUUUCGGUUGCAUUGAAUGCAAUAGGAAAACAAACAAAUUCAGUGCAACUAAUAUAACACUUUUUUUUAGUGCACAGGUAUGAUAACUCUACCAGAAAUGAUAUGAUACAAACAUUUUUUGGCAAAAGGGUACAUUUACCUAUUGACUUCUUUUUUGGAGUUGCAGAGGUUAAAAAAAAUAAAAGAUAAAACUAGUAAAUACAUAUUGUGAUUGAGAAAGAUGAAGAAAACUUGGCUAGCUAUGAUUUUGAUUUUAAAGGAGCUCUCAGAAAUAAAUUGAGCUAUGGUCUGAAUUUCUUAUCAAGAAUUAAUACAAGGUGAAAGGUUUUUGAGAGGUUUUUUGACUCAAGGCAUGUGCAGGUUAACAGACAAUACUAUUUCAUUUCUUGCCGCUUUACAGAAUGGGGGAGGGAUUCUGUAAAAAUUUAUAUAACUUUUGUUUAUAGUUGGGCUAUAAACAGGAGGAACUUAAUAGUGGGUAAUUAACCAAACUAUCUCCAAGGAUGGCAGAUUAUGCUGUAAUUGGUUUUUUGUUGUUUUUUUCCUAAUUGCCAAACAUUUAUUUUCUCCUUCCCCCAAUUAGUAGGAAAAACUCAGAAAAUAAGCAGUCAAGCAAAACAAAAUUUUGAAUUAUGUUCAAAAAUAUGUAUCUCACAUUCUGCAUCUUAUUUCUUUUUAUCACAUAUCACAUAUUUUAUCACAUAUAGGUAGCAUGAUACAUCAUCAGUCCUUUGCAAUGAUAGUUGAUCAGAGUUCUGUCACAUUUGUUUGUCCAUAUAGUGUUAUAUAGUCUGAGCCAGUAAGUAGAAUAGAUGUUGACUUCAAAUAAAGAAGAUAAACAAAUUUUUCUUAGAUUGUUUGUUUGCCAGUUAAUUUGGUCUUGACCUUGUUAAGUAUCAAAGAUUUUGUAUAAAGUUUUAAUAGUUAUUUUGUAUGUUUAUUUAGUGAUUUCAUUUUUGUUGGUAAUUUUAAAGUUUUUUUUAUAGGUAGGAAAUCAUUUUUAUUUAACAUUACUGGAAAUUCUAAAAAUAUUAAUAAAAUAGGUAGAACAAAGGAAUUAACAUUUUAAACAAAAUGGUUAAAUAUGAGUUUUUGGAUUAUAUGAAAACAUAAAUAGGAAAUCUAGCCAUCUUAACCAGGAACUUUGUGUAGACAAUUAAAUUAAUCAGAAUUCCUCAGGACACCAAGUUAACCUAUAAAAAGAAUCUGCUUUGUUUUUUGAUAUUAAAAGUCUUAAAAUGAAAGGAACAUACUAUUUAAAAUACUGAUCAUCAGUUGUUUGGGCAAUAACUUAUCUCCAAAUGCAUGAGAUUUGGAUCAGAGUAAGUAUAACAUUACAAAAAUAAGACCUAAAUAAUAGGGCCAUUUGAUAUUUGUGUAUAUAUAGUUUAGGUGAACAAAGUAAAAAAACAAACUAUAUAUCCCAAUAGUACCCAAGCAAAUCAAUUUAUUGAAUGUAAUACAAGUCAAAAUAAAGCAGAGAAACACUGAAGGGUAAAAUCAACUUAAAACAAGUUUGGCAAGAGAUCCUUAGUAAGCCAGGUUAUUAUUUUUUGAAUAGUAUUUUAUUUUUCCAAAUACAUGUAAAGAUAGUUUUCUUUUGUGAAACUUUGUGUUCUGAAUUUUUCUUCCUUAUCUUCCCUCUCCCCAAGACAGCAAGCAAUUUCAUAUGUUAAGUAUGUGCAGCCCUUUUAAACAUAUUUACAUAUGUAUCAUGCUUGUACAAGAAAAAUCAGAUCAAAAAGGGAAGAGGGAGGGAAACCAUGAGAAAGGAAGGAAAAAAAAAGGUUGGAAAUACUGUUCCUCAAUCCACAUUUAGUUGCCAUAGUUCUCUCUUUGAAUAUAAUUAGCAUUUCUAUCCCAAGUCCAUUAGGAUUCCCUUGAAUCACCAUAUUGUUUAGAAGAACCAAAUUCAGGUUAUUAUUUAAGUAUGAAAAUAGGCAACAGUGGAACAUCUCUUCUUCCCCCAUCUUUCUAAAAUGUGUGAUUAAGUUUUUCUUGCACCAUCAGAGACAAUAAAACCAUCACAUUUGGACAGUUACCAUCCCAAUCACAAGUUACAGGUGAGGGAGAAAAUAGAACUAAAGAGAACAAAAAUUGGCAAGGGAGGAAGCCAAUUGCAUCAGUGUUAGAUAUUCAUGAAAGAGAAAACCCAGUUAUAAGGAAUCUAAAAGAAGGGAAAAUGCCAUAAAUGCAUAAAAAUGUCAAAAACUCAUAGUUUUAAAAAAAAAAAAACAAGAACAUAAUAUUAGGAAGUACCAAACUCUUGGCCUAACCUCUCAUCUAUGUAAAAUCUUUCUGAAACAAACAUAAAGAUGAAAAAAAAAAAAUACCAUUCAUCUUCAAGGAGUUUUUGUUAAUCAGCAAGUAUGUAUUUACUUGGUGUUAGGCACUAUGCUUAUAACCCAAUACAGGAUUAUACAGAACACAAUAAAGCAUGGAUAAAUGUAUAGCUGAGAUCAAAUUAGUGUACAAGAGAAUCAAAGGGAGUUAUCACUGCUGGGUAGUAUGGUAAGGGAAUGUGUCAUGGUAGCAUUUAAGUUGUCAUCCAGCCAAAAUAUGAGGAGAAUCAAUUUUAUUUUUUUUUACUUUUUUUUUUUUUGGCAGAGGCAAUUGGAGUUAAGUGACUUGCCAGGGUCACACAACUAGGAAGUAUUUGAACUCAGGUCCUCCUGACUUCAGGAUUGGUGCUCUAUCUACUGCGCCACCUAGCUGCCCGAAUCCAUUUUAGACAUGGGAAUCAGCAUAUGUAAAUAAGAGGUAGGAGCCAAAGAUUGGACAAGAGGCUAUAAUCCAAUUUAACUGGAGUAUAGAAUGGUGCAAAAUAAUGCUGAAAAAAUAGAGUGAAGCCAAAUCGUGUAGUAUGAUCUUAAAUACCAUGUGUUUAGGAACUGCUCAUGGUCAUGGUCUACAGUCACCUGAACCAAUGAUACAUACAUACAUGCAUAUGUACAGAUAGCUUGCUAAAUAUUUCUUUGCUAUUAUUAGGCAGACUUAAUCUGUUAAAUGUUAUGCUGUAUAUGAUGAUGUCUCACUUUGUUCCUUUCCCAUGCCUAAAACAACCAGAGAAACCAGAAUUAGGUUUGAUGGUAAAGUAGAAGAUCAGUGAGGAGAAAAGAGCACUUGUUAUCAAAUGCCUCACUUUGGGAACUUGGUACUUGUAACAUUAUGCAAGUACCUCAAGUUCUAUCAAUGGCUCAAAGAUGGAAGCCUCCACUAAUCCAGUGGGAUUACAAAAUAAACUAUAUAUCCAGCAACUAUAAAGUUGUGAAUGGGGCUGAGUCUCCAAGAAUCAUGUACUGAAAAUGUAAAAUGUGCAUUGAAUUUACAAAACUUUGUACAGGGGAUAAUUGGGUUCUCCCCCCUGCUGUUCUCCUUAAACACUGAUUUUGGGUCUUUCAAGACUUGCAGUGAAUAUACAGCUCAUAGUUCUUCAUAUAGCAUUUGGAAGGCUAUUUAAGAACUAUGACACAUUGGCUUGGUUAAGACUUCUGUUCAAAGUAUUGGAGGGAGUGUACUGAAAAAGAUAAUUCCCCUCAGUUCCCCAGAAAACUUUGCAGGAUUGGGGAUGUGUACAAAUGAGUUAAAUUAACUCCAGUUGUUUUUCUGAGGUCAGCAAAUUUUUAAGGAGAAAAUGAAAACUAAUAGAUUAAAAUAUAUUGACAACAAAGAUCGUUUAUUAAAUGCCUGUUAAUUGCCAGACAUUGGAAAUACAAAGGCCCAAAAUAGAUAGCUCUUGAUCUCAAGGAGCUUGCAUCUUAUUGGUGUGAUACACAAAGUUAGAGCCCAAAAGGAUCAGAAAAACUAAUAAGUGGGUAUUUCUAUGUUAAAAUCAAAAUCUGUAUCAUUUGAAGUUGUUUAGUGAUCUAUGAAAAAUAUAAGGGACGUAAUUUACAAUUUCAUGUUUUGUUGCUAUAGCUUGUAUGGGUGAUUUCUUCUGUUCAUGUUUCAUAUAUAUGACUAUCACUAUUCAGUGGAUGUAAAAAUAAAAUGUAUACUUAAAAAAAUAAAA